AUGCCCUUAAAGGAAGAUCCUAAGUGUUUAGGAAAAUCUAAAGAGUUUGCACUGAAAAAAUUAAUCUUGUGGCGACGUCUAAUUAAGGAUCCAAAUUAUUUGUCCCUAUACAGAGAUUUUUUACGUGAAUAUUUAGAGUUAGGGCACAUGUCAGAAAUUCAGGAUGAGGAGGAAGAAGCAACUUAUUUUAUUCCUCAUUUAGGAGUUUAUCCACCUGACAGGCAGUCAACAAUGCUCAUAGUUGUUUUUAAUGCAAGUUAUCCAACUUCAAACGGAAAUUCCCUAAAUUUCUUACAAUAUAACGGAGGGAUAGUGCAAGGCGAUUUAUUUUCCAUCAUGGUUAGGAUUCAUAAAUAUGUCUAUGCCUUCACAGCCGACAUAAAGAAAAUGUACCGAAUGAUCUUGAUUCAUCCAAGCCAGAGAAAGUUACAGCGCAUUCUAUGGAAAGAAAAUGAGAAGGAACCAGUCAAAACUUUCGAACUAAAUGCUGUGACGUAUGGAACGGUGAGUGCACCAGUUUUAGCAACUCGCACGUUGAAACAAAUAGCGAUUGAAGAGGGAGAAAAUUAUCCUUUAGCUGCAUCCGUCAUUGAAGAUGACUUUUAUAUGGAUGACGUGUUAAUCGGUUCUGAUAAUUUAGUUACCGCCAAAGAACUUCAAAGGCAGUUAAUUGAUUUCUAG